AUGGACCUGAGCGAAGGGGAUACAGAUUCCCAUGCGCCAAAGCCCUCGGUGAACUCGAAAAUCUAUCGGCCUCUGACCUUUCACACAGGGACAACCCUCAAACCCGUUUCACUCGCGUCGAGGAACAACAACUUGAAAGAGAAACUGCCGAUUCAGAUCAUCGCAGCCCGUGUCGUCAACACCACACCUUUCGCAUGCAUCGGCGCACCCACCCCAGAGGAAGCAGGCUACGAGACGACGAAGAUCAGUGGAGACUACUACGAACACACAAAGACGCGCACGGCGAUAAUCGUGCUUAGUGGAGCAACAGCCAACCAUCUUGACGACCUCGACAACAGCGUCAAUGUGAUCGAAUCCCUUAUAAAAGAUCCACGGCUAGUUCCUGGUCCAGGCGCAACAGAACUAGCGCUAAACAAGUGCAUCGAGGCAAACAGGAGCGGCAUGAGGAAGCUGGUACAACAUGCUGUGAAGCGAACACUCGCUGAGAACGCGCUGGGAGAUGCUAAGGGUAACGAAGUUCUCACUCGGUUGUGGGCCAAGCACGAACAGAAGGGCAGCGAAAUCUGGGGUGUCGAAAUAGCUACUGACUUCAAGAUCCUCGACCUACUAGCCACAAAACCAUGGGCUAUCAACCCCGCAACAAAAGCCGCCAUAUCCGUACUCAGCGUUGACAUCAUCAUCACGAGCAAACCCGUAGGACACAGUCCCUCAACAAGCAAGUGA